CUUUCAUUGAAAUUGAGAAUUAUAAAUGACGAUUUAUUAUAACCACUGUUAAUGCAGUUUUGACCCUUUACCACUUAGACGCAUAUUUGGACGCAUUUGUUGUCCCUUAGAAAGUUAAAUUUAAUUAAAGACCUUUCUUCCUAGAUUAAACCUUCAAAGGCUUCAUUUCCAACCAUUAGAUUCUGAUGAGCAGCAAACAGCAUUUAAGUUUAAACCUGAACAGACUGCGAGUUACUCUAUGCUUGCACAUAGCCAUAUUCAAUUUGCUUCUAAGUGGGAAAUGGUUAAGGGUAACAUUUUUUUUCAACUUUGAGCUGAUGGCGGAGACACACACCCUCAACAACUAUCUUGACAUGAACUCGUACUGUUCAACAACACGAUUUGAUUAGUAAUUCCAAUACAGUAUAUACCAUAUUUUUCUAGCACAAUACACUCGAUUACAGCAUGUGCGUUCACAUGGUCCUUAAAAUCGCACUUUUACGUGAACCAAUCGUUCAAAUUUCGUCCCUUUCACCUUUCGUGUGUUGUAAAUCAUUGUUGACACUGAGAAACAACAGUCACUUAUAAAAAAAGCUCUUCAUACAGAGUGUUGAUUAUGUGACUUUUGUACCUGUUAUACAAAUGUUAAGCAGGCACGAGCGUUUUAUGCCUAAGCCUAAAUAAUUAACCUAUUCUCAAUUGUUCGGGAAAACGGCAUGUGUUCACUUGGACAAUCGCCUCUUGAUCAUACAGGAGCGUAUAUAAGUCCAGUGAUUACGGUCUUAUUUCGAGUCGUAUCAGUUUAAUGAACUGCUCAAUUUCAGUCACAAUGUUGUCUGUACUUGCUCUGACGUGCAUGCUGGCGUUGGCCUCAGGCGUUCCACAGAGCCGGAUUCACUAUGGCACGGCGACCAACACCGGCACCUACAAGUUUAUGGCGCAUCUUGAGGCACGGCAGCUGCUGGUACUCUGGUCGGGCAUCUGCGGCGCCGUCAUCACCGAUAAUAGAUACGUCAUCACCGCCGCCCACUGCGUCGAGGGAAGACGAAAUACUGACCUCAGAAUCGUGAUCAACAAGGGCUUGUCAAACGAGGCGCGCGUUAACGUGGAAACGAUCACUAUGCACGAGGGUUACGGGAGCAGCGCGUUCCCCGGCGCCUACCCGAAUGACGUGGCGGUGCUGCGCCUGGCCGUAAACUCGGUGAUCGGUUCCGGUCACCCCAUCUCGCUUGCCAAGCCAGAGGACGGCGACCGCAGCGGCCAAACAUGCAGCAUAAUGGGCUGGGGACUGACUGAGAGCGGAAGUGCGAGCUCGGUGCUUCUGGAGACCGACGGCAAAAUCCUGUCUUCGUCGCAAUGUGCCGGUUACUGGAGCACCAACUACAACCACAACGUGCACAUCUGUAUCGAUAAUAAAAAUUCCGGCGCAUGCAAUGGUGAUAGCGGCGGUCCGAUGGUCUGCAACAACCAGCUGGCUGGCGUCACUUCAUGGGGAAUGAGCGGAUGUAACGUCACCUUCCCGUCUGUGUACACCAGGAUCUCCAACUACAAUGACUGGUACGCCAGCAAGACCGGCGCCCUUCUCGCCAAGCAGAUUCCUGUGCCAGUCCUAUACUGAACUCUUCCAACGUAGACCUUAACGUCGAAAGAACGUGACGUUACACGUAUUGCUUGGCAUUGGGCACUUCUAAUGUGAAAAAAAUAAAUUUACUGUAAAGAA